AAUUACUGUAGACAACUCCAGAGCAACGAUCGUCCCAUGUAUUGCCCAUGCUUGUUCGAGCUUAUGAUGACUGUGAUCCUCGUAUACAAGAAGAAGCUUUGAGAAAAUCUCUACUCCUAGCCAAACAACUUGAUACACAGCUUGUGAAAGAUGCCAUUCUGCCUCGUGUUCAUGGCUUAGCUCUUAAAACAACAGCUGCUGCGGUCAGAGUCAAUGCUUUGCUAUGCUUAGCGGAUUUUGUUCACAUACUUAAUAAACAUGCUGUGCUGGAUGUACUACAAACCAUCCAGGAUUGUACAGCUGUUGAUCGUUCAGCUUCCACGCUUAUGUGUACCCUAGCAGUUUCAAAUGCAAUUCUCAAGCAGUAUGGAGUUGAAUUCACUGCAGAGCAUGUCCUCCCUCUAGUCACUCCUCUUCUCACUGCACAACAGUUGAAUAUUCAGCAGUUUGCCAAAUAUAUGCAGUUUGUUAAGGAUAUUCUCAGAAAGAUAGAAGACAAACGAGGGGUUACUUUAAAUGAUUUGGGAAUCCCAGAGGUAAAACAUUCUACUACUGCCAAUGGGCUUCAGUCGGAAGCCUUGAGCAAAACAAGUGGAACUGUGGCUUCAGCAAAACCCACCCCAGCUUGGCAUGAAGACUGGGGUCCUACAGCCAGAGGAGCUACCAGUGCCAGGGCCACUGCUCAGCAGCCUUCAAAAAACAACUCAACCACAGAUUCCAUCUCGAGUGAUAAAUCAAUUCAAUCAACAUCCAAACAAUCAGAGCCUUCUAUGAUAUCUACUGUAUCCAGCCAGCAAUUUCCUGUUUCUUGCCCUGCAGUUGACAUCGAGUGGCCUUCUCGUGCAACUUCAGGUAUUAUUGCAGAGUCAGGCAAUGGUGAGAUGCAAUUAAAUAAUGGAACAUCAUUGGCAUCAAGUUUUGAUGAUUUAGAUCCUUUCGCAUACUGGCCUCCUCGGCCUAGUGCCUCAAAUGGUUUGGGGAGAUUGAAGGAUGGCACCAUGGGAGGACCAGCCACAACCAAUUAUGGAUCCAGUUCUUUUACAAGUAUGCAAUUAAACAAAAGCAACAGUCGGGCCUUCAGCAACCAAAACUCUGGGGAGCUGCUAAGACCUAAUCUUGGAGGAUCAAGUUCCAAUGCAAACGUUUUGGACAGUGGGGGUCUGCAGAACUCUAUUGGGUUCAUGAAACAGAAUCAGGGGAAUUCAGCUUCGAUGAACUCUUCGUACAAUAAUAAAAAAUCGUUAGAUCUGGGGUCUAUAUUUAGUAGUAGCAAAAACGAGCAGGCUGCUCCAAAACUUGCACCGCCACCCUCGACUACGGUGGGUAGAGGAAGAGGGAUGGGGAGGGCCCAUGCCAAAUCAACAUCUGAACAGCCACAUCUCCUGGAUUUACUUUGAUAAUUGGGGUUUGCUUCUACUAGAGAGAGUUGUUUUUUUCUUCUUUU